AUGCACAAGCGGGACCUUGUUGCUGGUCUUCCCAGGGUGCUCCCUCCCCUUCCCGACUCGCCUGCUCCUCCCUGUAUUCCCUGUGUCGAGGGACGGCAGCGCGCCGCUCCUCACUCCUCCUCCUUUCCCCCGACGACUGCCCCCUUGCAGACGCUCCACAUGGACGUGUGGGGCCCAGCUCGCGUCCGUGGUCAGGGUCAGGAGAGGUACUUCCUGAUUGUUGUUGACGACUUCUCGCGCUACACCACGGUCUUCCCCUUGCGCGCCAAGGGUGACGUCCCUGAUGUCUUGAUCCCUUGGAUCCGCAGAUCUCGUCUCCAGCUCCGUGAGCGUUUCCGCUCCGACUUCCCUGUCCUGCGUCUGCACUCUGACAGAGGUGGGGAGUUCUCCUCUGGCCUAUUGGAGGCCUUCUGUCAGCAGGAGGGCAUUGAGCAGUCGUACACGCUUCCGGACUCUCCACAGCAGAAUGGGGUUGCUGAGCGCCGCAUUGGUCUGGUCAUGGAGGUCGCUCGUACCUCCUUGAGCCAUGCGGCUGCCCCCCAUUUUCUGUGGCCGUUUGCAAUCCGAUACGCUGCGCAUCAGCUCAACCUCUGGCCCCGUGUCUCCUUGCCCGAGACUUCUCCGACACUGCGUUGGACGGGAGAGGCUGGCGAUGCGUCGCGUUUUCGGGUCUGGGGAUCCCGAGCUUUUGUCCGCGACACGUCCGCGGACAAGCUCUCCCGUCGCGCUGUCCCCUGCGUCUUCCUUGGCUUUGUCCCGGACGCCCCUGGUUGGCAGUUCUACCACCCCACCUCGCGGCGUGUCCUGGCCUCUCAGGACGUCACUUUUGACGAGUCCGUCCCCUACUACCGCCUCUUCCCCUACCGCACUGCCCCGCUCCCCCCCCCGCCUCUCUUCCUCGCUCCAGGUGCUGAGGUACCAGACCCCCUCCCCCCUCAGGGUGCCGCUCCCUCAGGUGUGUCCCAGGUAGACCCGGGUGAGCCUGUCGAGGUAGUGGUUGACUCUCGUCCUGCUCGGGGUGCUGAGCCUGGAGGUGCUGCGUCUGGGGGUGCUGAGCCUGGGGGUGCUGCGUCUGGGGGUGCUGAGCCUGGGAGUGCUGGGCCUGGAGGUGCUAAGCCUGGGGGUGCUGGUUCUGGGGGUGCUGCGUCUGGGGGUGCUGAGCCUGAGCGUGCUACACCUGGAGGAGCCCUCUCCUCCCAGCAGCUGCAGGAGAGGUACCUCGAGUACUGCCGCCUCCAGAGAGGUGCUGCUGGAGCUCGUCCCGGUACUUCCCCUCCUACCCAGGAGCUCCCCCCCAUUCAGCAAAACCGCGAGUGGUACACACGGCGCUGCAGUCUUCGGAGUGGUGCUCCUGGUGCUGCGGACCCUGGGGGUGGCGCUGCUGCUGGUGCUGAGGACCCGGACGUGGGAGCUGCUACUGGUGCUGCGGACCCGCCUGGUGGAGCUACUGCUGGUGCUGAGGACUCGGACGUUGGAGCUGCUGCUGGAGCUGAGGACCCGGGCGGUGGCACUGCUGCUGGUGCUGAGGACCCGGACGGUGGAGCUGCUGCUGGUACUGAGGACUCGGACGGUGGAGCUGCUGCUGGAGCUGAGGACCCGAGCGGUGGCGCUGCUGCUGCUGCUGAGGACCCGGGCGUUGGAGCUACUACUGGCCCUGAGGACCCGGCCGGUGGAGCUGCUGCUGGUGCUGUGGACCCGGCCGCUGGAGUCUCCUCUGCUUCUGGAGACGCUGCGCGGCCGCGACCGUACUUUGUACCGCUCCUUCAGCAGGUUCUUGGGCAGGCUCCUCCUCCUUGUCCUCCUCCCUCCGUAGAGUGUCCUCUGCCUGUCCAGCCGCAGUCACAGUUACCGCCUACCUCGCCUCUCCCUGCUCCCUCUCCUUACACUGGUCCCACAGGAGGUCUUACAAAGCGUCGUGAGCCUGAGUCUCGUCCUGCGUCGCCUGUUCGUCCUGCUCGCACUGGUAGUCGUGUCCGUCGUGAGCGUCCUCCUCCUGUCCCAGGCACUCACUACAUGACUCUGCGUCCCUCUACUGCUCCUCAGCGUAUCCCUCUACCGUCUCCUCCCGCGUCUUCUUUGCCUCACGUUCCGGACCCUGAGUCUGACCGGUACCGUGCUGAGCACCCUACUGUCACGCGUCUCCUCGCUACUGUUGUCACUGACCCUACCUUUGAGUCCUCGACUGCGUCUGCUCUGGUCGCUGAGUUGGUUGACUUUGCUGCUGCCUGUCGUCUAGACUACGCUGCUAGCCUUGUUGCUGAGUCUGAGUCUGAGUCUGUCUGUCCUCCGUCCGUCGGGGGUGAGUGUGCUCUUGGCACGGACGUCCUUGAGGACAGACAGGAGGAGUUCCAGUGUCUUGCUGCUGCUUUGCCCCGUCUCGUGUCCUUGCUAGUUGCCCCUGAGGGAGACCCGGAUGCACCAGACAUCCCGACCCCACGCACUUACGCUGAGGCGAUGGCGGGUCCCUACUCCUCUCAGUGGCAGACGGCCAUGGACGCCGAGAUGGCUUCCUGGAAGUCCACACGCACCUACGUCAACGAGGUUCCCCCUCCUGGGGCGAACAUCGUCAGUGGCAUGUGGAUUUUCAGGGUGAAGCGGCCGCCGGGUUCUCCGCCUGUCUUCAAGGCGCGUUACGUGGCUCGAGGCUUCAGUCAGCGAGAGGGAGUUGACUUCUUCCAGACCUUCUCCCCCACCCCGAAGAUGACCACUCUUCGGGUGCUGCUGCACAUAGCCGCUCACCGCGACUACGAGCUUCACUCACUUGACUUCAGCACUGCUUUCUUGCAGGGCAGCCUGCACGAGGAGAUCUGGCUGCGCCGCCCACCGGGCUUCACUGGGUCGUUUCCUCCUGGUACCCAGUGGAGGCUUCAGCGGCCGGUCUACGGUCUCCGCCAGGCUCCGCGUGAGUGGCACGACACAUUGAGGACUACACUUGCGGCUCUUGGGUUCGCGCCUUCUACAGCUGACCCGUCGCUGUUCCUGCGCACCGACACUUCGCUGCCGCCGUUCUACAUCCUCGUGUACGUCGACGACUUGGUCUUUGCCACUGCUGACACUGCAGGACUCGCCUACGUGAAGUCGGAGCUGCAGAGGAGACACACGUGCACAGACCUGGGUGAGCUGACAAGCUAUCUUGGCUUGCGGAUCACCCGGGACAGAGCACGGCGCACCAUCACCCUGACUCAGUCACACAUGGUGCAGCAGGUUCUCCAGCGCUUUGGCUUCACGUACUCCUCGCCUCAGUCCACUCCUCUGCCUACCGGUCACUCGCUCUCAGCUCUGCCUUCGGAUGAGUCCGUAGAGCCGAGUGGCCCGUAUCCAGAGCUUGUGGGCUGCCUCAUGUACCUGAUGACCUGCACUCGACCUGACCUUGCAUACCCUCUUAGCAUCCUUGCACGCUAUGUCGCUCCUGGCCGUCACAGGAAGGAGCACAUGGAUGCCGCUAAGAGGGUGUUGCGCUACUUGUGCAGUACGUCGGGCAUGGGGCUUGUGCUUGGAGGGCGAGACCGAGUUGUGCUCACAGGGCACUCAGACGCUUCUUGGGCAGACGACCAGGCCACUCAGCGGUCGUCUCAGGGUUACACCUUCAGCCUUGGCUCUGGCUCAGUUUCUUGGCGCUCUACACGCUCUUCUUCUGUUCUCGGCUCCAGUUGCGAGGCUGAGAUCUACGCUACAGCCAUGGCUGCCCAGGAGCUACGCUGGCUGACCUACCUGCUGACUGACCUCGGAGAGCCGCCUCGUUCUCCUCCAGUACUGUACGUCGACAACAAGGCUGCCAUUGCCUUGUGUGAGGAGCACAGACUGGAGCACAGAACGAAGCACAUCGCUCUGCGGUACUUCCUUGCUCGAGAGCUGCAGCAGCGCGGUCAGCUUUGUAUUCGCUACGUGGCCACUGAGGCCAACACUGCUGAUGUGUUCACCAAGGCGCUUCAGCCUCGUGACCAUCAGCGCUUCUGCACUCUGCUAGGCCUUGUGCCUACUGGACCUCACUUGCUUACCUCUUGA